GGAGGCAGAUAUCCACACAGCUUGCAGGCUCUGUGUGCGGGGAUCUGAAGUUGGAGGCCUGCAGUGUGAUUGGGAGAAACCACUGGUACAGUAGCCAUGUCACUAGGUUCUUUGGCCUUCACCCUCUUCUUGACUGUUGUUGCUGGUGUCAAGUGCAAUGGGACAGAAGUUUGUGCCGGAAGCCCUGGGAUCCCUGGCACUCCUGGAAGCCAUGGUCUGCCCGGCAGAGAUGGGAGAGAUGGUAUCAAAGGAGACCCUGGACCUCCAGGUCCCAUGGGCCCUCCUGGAGGAAUGCCAGGUCUUCCUGGGCGCGAUGGGCUGCCUGGAGCCCCUGGUGCCCCUGGACAACAUGGAGACAAGGGAGAUCCUGGAGAAAGGGGCCUUCCAGGGUUUCCAGCUUACCUGGAUGAGGAGCUUCAGACUGAUCUCUAUGAGAUUAAACAUCAUAUUCUGCAAACAAUGGGAGUCCUCAGCUUGCAAGGGUCCAUGCUGUCAGUGGGAGAUAAAGUCUUUUCCACCAACGGGCAGUCAGUCAACUUUGAUACCAUUAGAGAGAUGUGUACCAGAUCAGGUGGCAACAUUGCUGUCCCGAGGAAUCCUGAGGAGAAUGAGGCCAUCGCAAGCAUCGCAAAGAAGUACAACACCUAUGUCUACUUAGGUGUGAUUGAAGGCCAGACUCCUGGAGACUUCCACUACCUGGAUGGAACUUCUGUGAACUACACCAACUGGUACCCAGGAGAGCCCAGGGGUCGGGGCAAAGAGAAGUGUGUAGAAAUGUAUACAGAUGGGAAAUGGAAUGAUAAGGGCUGCCUGCAGUACCGGCUGGCCAUUUGUGAAUUUUGAUCAAGCAAUUAGAUGAAAAGAAAAAACCUCACACUAUCUUUAAGCCUCUAUCUUGAUGAUCUAUCUGGUCUGUAAGACCCUGCAACUACCUUUCAAGCAAAUUUACUUGUGGCCAUCAGAAUUAGAAGCAUCCUUAGUCACCCCAUCUCCCACAUGGCCCCCAAACUUUUCUCCAUAUUCAUUAGUAAUCCUGAGUGUCCCCCUAGAGUCUCAUCUGAGCAUUCAACUCAAGGCAGCCACUGUCACCCUUGGCCUUCAGCAUAAGAUGGAUGGAGACUUCCUUUUUCCUCACUUUGUCCAGUCUUCAUUUGUAAAUGGUCACCAUGAAGACCCAGCAUGGAAGGACCCUCUAAAUUACACAGAAAGUGCCUGCUCCCUGACCCUUCAACCCUUAUUCUGCAGCUCAGUGUCCCAAGAUUUAGAAAUCUAGGUUGAACUUAAAAAAUAGCCAUAGGGGAUUUCUGAGAAAUACCUAAUGUGUGGAUGUAGGCCACAUUUACUGUUCUUUGUAUACAUGCUUUCAAGGCAUACAUGGGCUCUAAGAAGCCAGAGAACCAGGUAGGGCCACAGUACAGUACUGGAGAAGCAUAACCUCGCUGUUUGGCAUAUAUGGCCUGCUCCUUGGGUCUGGAUGUGCUAACUCAACCUCUUGACCUAAUAGCAGCCACCCUGGGUUUUGAGAGAAUUACCUUUCCAGCCCAGACCCUAACUCAAUUGAUUUCCUGCUAACAGACACAGCCUUAGUCCACUUUAUAUCAUGAGGCAUUCAUGAUACUAACUGCACUCUGUUUUCUCCUCUCAUGAACUCAAUCAGCUAUUCCAUUAAAGUCAACUGCAUUCCAGGUGUUUGUCUUCUGUUAAGCGUUUGGCUGGUUUUUUUUUUUUUUUUUUUUUUUUUUUAGCCUAUUUCUUUACUAUGGGAUGCAAAUAAAGUAAUUCUUACAUUUUUUUCUAUCUACCAAAAUCAAUACCAAUAACAAUUACUACAGCAAAGACUGAUCACAUGCUGCAUACCAAGUACCUUGACAAGCACAGAUAACAUUUGUUUUUAGGUAUCAUUUAAUCUUUAAAUGUGCCACAGAACCAGAUUAGGGGCAUGGGAGCUAAAAAGGUAUCAUGAAGAACAUGGCAUUCGUGCUGAUAGCUGGGGUCAAGAUAACUCCAGAUCUGUGCCCAUAUGGUCUAUGUUGAGGAGUGACAUCAUCUUUUCACCCCUCCUCAGACACUGGGAUGGUAUCUACUGUGCCAUGGCUGGUGACAGGAAUCAAAACACAGGUUUCUAUGAGUCAUCCUACUUUCAAAUGCAUGGAAUGGAUUAUGGGAUCCACCCUAGUCUCAGCUAUGUGGAAUGCAACCAUGACGUACACGCCAGGUAUCCAUAGGGGUGCAACUAUGCCUUGAGGGGUCAGCCAACUAUACAUCUUAUCUCUAGAAGUUGUUUAUGCUCCCCUCAUCUGACACUCUUCCCACAUUUCUUGGGCAAAAGGAAGCCUAGGAAUAGCCAGAUGGAGAGCUGCUACUUAAACUUUCAUGAAUGUUAACUGCCAAGCUGACCUGUCUACCUGUGUGCUGAGGACUCAACACAUAAGCUGUUGAAGAUUAGCCGAGCCAGAAAAAGACACAUAUUCUCAGUUUUAUAGAUCAACAGCCUAAAGCUUUAAAAGCUGACAUUGCUCCAGUUCCUCUUAAGUCUAUUUUUUUUUAUGAAAUUACUUGUUAUUGUAACUACAUUGUUUUUGAAAACAUUUUUAGUAAGCUAUUGCUGGUUUGGGGGAAAGAAUGAUUUUUAAAAAUUGAUCGUAUACUCAACCAUCUUUUUGAAUUUGUAUUUUUACCUUAAUACUUUCAAUG